CCGGAAGACAUUUAUAUUACUUGACCUAAAUACCACUCACGUUUUCAGCAAGCAUGGCUCCGGGAGGAAAGAUCAACAAACCAAAAACAGAUUUAGGGAAGAAGCUCUUCAAAAGGCGAAGACUUCUAAUGAAGCAGAAGAAGAAGAAGCAUCGUAUCGUUGGAGCAGUGGUGGACAGUGGCCUUAUAACAAAACAUCACCUGAAAAAGAGGAGCACCAGUUCCAGGGCGAACAUCACCCUGUCUGGGAAGAAAAGACGCAAACUGCUCAAGCAGCUGCAGCACAUGGAGAAAGAAAAAUCCAGCAUGGAAGUUGAAACAGUACCACAGAAGAAAGCUCCUGCCGUCAAGAAGACGACCCCUGCUGCACAACAACCGAAGAAAACAAAACGUGCCACCUCAUCUGCUGAGAUGGAAAUGAUGGAUGUGGAAUAAGUGAUCAGUACUGGAAUUCAAUGUUAACGUUUGUGCUUCAACAAAGGACUGAAAGUUUUUGUUUAUUAUGCUGACUUUUAGAUGUACAAUGUAUAUAUAAAAGCAAGUGAUUAGUAAUAUUGCUUGCUGCGUUGAGGCCAACGUUUUCAGACACAAAUUCCAUUGUCUUAAAUGCUAUGGGUGCAAAAAACAGUAAGUGGUUGUAAUGCUGUUUUUUCCCCCCAAUGCUGCUCCUAUUUUCAUUUUUGUCAAGGUUUAGACUGUGUAUGUCUGUGCCCUGUACCAGAUCUGCAUAUCAAAAACCCACACCAAAACACUUAAAAUAGUACGGAGAUACCUUGAAGUACAUGAGUUACUUCUCUUUUUUGAUCAGGAAGAUAAAUGCCAGAGUGACUACUUUGAUAAUGCUCAAAAGAACUGAAAUGAGUUGAAGUGUGUGAAGGCUAUUAAUAUACCAGCAGUCUUAAGUGUUCUUCUUUGUAUUGCUCGAUUUUUGAUGUGCAUUCACUGUCUCUCUGGGUAAGCAUACGGUCACACCUGGUCUCCUGUGAAUUGCACUAACAUCUGUACGUUAGUGCAGUCAGUAACAUUACGGAGGGGCUUCAGCAGACCAGAAAGUACCUACAAAGCUAACUAUAUGUGCCUGUUAGGUUAUUUUUCUGAACCAUAUUAAACACAGGCCAAAAUGCA